ACAAUCGGCCCUGCCUUCGGCGCACACCAAGCGAGAUGUCAACGAUGACCUACAUGUGCGUUCUGGCUGGUCUUCUAUGCCAGGCAUCAACGACGUGGGGAGCUGCAGCUCCGGCGACUGACUGCAUUAACGUAUCGAUCGGCGAUAUGCUGGGUAUUCGUGAGUGUAUAGGUACUUCUCCGAACUUCUGCGGCAGUACCACCGCAAACGGACUGACCCAGGCUGCAAUGAAGAUAAUCGACUGCGCUAUUCAAGGGAUCAUAAAGCAUGGCCGUCAUGAUGUCAUCGCCAGUGCUCUGCCACCUAUGAUGCUGCUGUUCUCAGGCAACGGCGUUCCUGCCGCCUUCACUCUUCCCCAAAUGGGCGACCUGGCCAACAUGAACCUUUGCGGUCCCAACGGGUGCGAGAUCGAGAACCAUUUCUGUAACGGCACCAUCACUAUUGGUCUGCCAUCCAGUGGUAACCUCGAGAAGUGCUUCGGAAACAUAACGAUGGGUUGCGAGCCUGGGUCAUCGACCACAGUUGACGUAGGUCAAUCUCUGUUCCAGGCUGUUAUCUGUAUCCUUUACGAGCUGCCGGGCAGCCCCGUCGCGGAGCUGCACAGAAUUGCCGGCUGUGCGCUGGUCAACGCUUUGAAGGUCGCCGAGAUGACCAACCCUGAUCUCCGGAUGGUGUACUUUGCAUUUGAAUCGGCCGUCAGAGCCACGCUUGACCUUCAACAUUGUCCCAUGAUUGGUUGAAGGACAAAAUGAUCCUUGAGCGGACCAGGAAGUAUCCGACAAGCUCACGGCUGUGGCCACAACAAUCGAACACACAAGAAGAAAUAGUUUCGCCCAGUAUUCA